AUGCCGUCGCAGUCGCCGUCACCAGCUAGCGAACGUUAUCGUGCUUCGCAAGCAGGAAAUUUUUCGCAGCUCUCACCACUUGAUAUUGCGCGCCAACGUCUUGCGUACAAUGGUUCAUGUUUUCAGCAGCAAACACCGAUGAGUAAUCCGACAGAUGUUUUUGAAUUUGAUGAUCCACCUCGUAUGAAUUCAGCAAGUUCGGUGGGAGCAUCAUCAGCUCAACAAUUCCAUUUUCCAGAAGCGGGACAGAGUCCGUAUCCUUUUGCAGCCAUGCAAAGUACCAGAGGUCCAUUGGGUGCUCAACCGACUUUAAAACGUCGGGGUCGAGGCCGUAAAGCGGGAAAUAUAGGUGAUCGAAUAUUAGAUCCAAGUCGUCCAACUCUCGACCAAAAUACUGGUUUGAUGUUUCGUGGUAUGAAUAUUCCAACGCGCAAACCUCGAGGAACUUCGGCAACAAGGCGUCCUCGAAGACCUCGGAAAGCUGCUCAUAUGCCUACGUCUCCUGCACAUUCUCAUCAAUUUACCAUGAAUCGCCCAAUGUUACAACGUUCCUUUUCCGAGAUGCCAGUUUAUCCUUCGCAAAUGCCACCUGUUAGCUUACCACAAGAAAAUCGAUCAGAAACAUCUGAAUUCGAUGGAACUGAAGAAUCAUCAGAUGACGAAACUGACCCACCUCCUCCUGCCUUCACUACCGCGAUACCGCAGUCAUCAACUCAACUUGCUGCGGGUGGCAGUACUCCGGUAUCACAAAUAGCCACUGUUGGCAGUCUUUCUUCCCCAUCAGCUACAUUAUCACUUGUUAACAAGUCUUCCUCGUUAAUUGCCCCUUCAUGUCUUUCAUCCGUUUCAUCGAGUGGUCCAGCAACAGAACUCACAUCUCCAAGCAGCUCAUCUCCAACAGCAACCAUUAACAAUUCAAUGCAAUCGGCAGCACUUCUGGCCAAUAAAGCGCGUAAAGGAAGCCUAGAAGCUGUGGUAGGGAAAUUGCACUGCAAAACAGUGCCAGCAAGCAGCAGCAAUGCGACAACGUCAAAUCCGUAUUUAGCCUCUGAUUUAUAUGACGAUGAAUCGGAACCAGUCAGUAAACCGCUUGAACCAGCUCCUAUUAAGCGUGAUAGCCCAUCAGUAUCGACAUCAUCUCCUGGUGCACGAAUGUCACCAAAUCUGACAAAGAUGAAUGUGGAACAACCAGGUUAUGGCUCAGAAUUGAAAAUAAUGAUUAAAUUGAAACAGCAAACGUCCGCACGACCAUCUACUGGAAUAUCGCAGUCUUCAUCAUGUGGUGUACCAUCAUCUAUGCGCUUAGUUGGUCAGCCACCUUCAUCGUCAAGAUCAAAGGAAGAGAAAGCACUCUUACGACAAAAACAGUUGAAAGAGAAAAAUCGAUCCGCACCAGAUGAACGUGCUCGUAAGGCGGGUAAAAGAGAACGUAAAGGCGAACUCAGUAGUAGCAGUAAGAAACUGAAACUGGAACGACCAUUAAACGAACAAAAAACAACGACUGUAUCGCCAAAAGUGGAAUUUCCACAAGCACUCGCAUUUGCUAGUCUUAAAAACUUUAAGAUACCAAAGGUAAUGGAAAAUGAAAAAUGUGAAAAUCCGACGUCAACAACAACAACAACAACAACACCAGCUGUGGCUACCCCAUCAUCCUCUAGUGCGCAUUUAAAUGUUAGCCAAAAUUCGGGUUCAACAGUGCAGGUAGUUCCUUCAACAUCGUUAUCAUCAUCAGCAACAACAAUAGCAGCAACAACAGCUCCAUCAUCGUCUUCAUGCUCUGGAACAUCUUCGAUAUUUCCACCCAAACCAAAAUCAAUUUUGAAGUCAUCAGGUGAGCCACCUCCACCACCGCUUUUCCGCGGAAUGGGUGGUAUGCCACCAAUGCUGCCCGGCCGACGACCAUUGCUACCGGAUCCACGAAAUGUGAUGCAUCAUCCACCAAGAAAUCAAUUUAGACCGUUGAUAGCACUACCUCGAAUGAUACCGUCAGUAUUGAGUGGUGCUAAUUUCAUGCCAUCACCUUCUUCGUCAGGCCGCUGGAUGGCGUUGGCACCACAACGACAACCAUCACCUAGAAAUUCACCGUCUGAACAAUCCGCUUCUAGUUUGUCUGAUACAGUUGCAGCUAUGUCGAAAAUGCAGGACAGUCCGACGGAGGCUUUGAAAAUUGUUGCGGAUGAGGAGUAA